AUGAAGGCAGAGAUGGCCUUCGCCGCACUGCAAUACCUGCCCAUGCCCGUCAUGCUGCUUUCCAGCACCAAGGAGAUUGUGCUGGCUAAUGAAGCCAUGGCCCGGCUUCUGGGCAUUGAUCCGGAUCACGUGCACGAGGCCGACGAUAUGCACAGUCGCGAUAUUCUGCACGGCGCGACUUUGGGUGAGCUGGGGUUCGACUUGCUGCAGAAUGGAAGUCCGGUGUUCGUGGCGUGGGAAGACUUCCUAGACACGCUCGUGCACGAUGCGUGCAGAGCUCAGAGCAGCACGACCCAGCUGAACACGCAUCAUGCCAGUGCGACGGCCCAGCUGCACGGUGCAGACCGCACUCCCACGGGCCACCGACAUCACAAGCGCUCCAUAUCGCCUGGUGCUCGGACGGAAGUGUACGAUGCCUCCAUCAGUGUGGUCUUCUCCACCCACCGCGAUGCCAAGACAGGCAUGCCCCUCGCUGCGAGGAACGAGAUGACGCAGCAUGUUGAAUGUCAAAUGAUUGUUUCCGUGUGGGCCACCGAGCACCAACAAUUCUACACCUUGACCAUGACUGCUGCGGCAGGCUGCGACUCAGCCUCGACUGCGGAAUUUGCCAAGACCACGAGCAGAACGGUGUCACGGCAGGCGACGUCGUCAUACGCCAACAGCCUUCCUUCUGCGCUCAGCUCUCAUUCCAGCUCCAGCGAAGCGUCCAACCACAAGCGCCUCACCUACCAAUCCCCUCCCACCUCCAACUACGCCAGUCCUACCAUCUCGGAAUUCCCUCCCCGAGGUCCGCCGAUCAAGUCGACCAUAGCAGCUCCCAGCAUGUUUGCCAAGACGAACCGGCUCAAAGAUGCGCUUCUAGACAGUAUGAAGCUGCCGGCUUAUGCCAUGUGGAAGGACGAGAGCUUUGGCAUUCCGAACAUCGCUGCCGUCCGAUUGCUUUACCCGUGGAUCACUGACAAAGACACCUACGACUCUACCGAACAGGCCAAGGACUUUCUCUCGCGCUUCACCUUGUAUCGAGGUGAUUUCUCCGAAGAAAUCCCAUUUGAUGAGUUCCCAAUCAUGCGGCUCAUGAGAGAGCGGCAGCGCUUCGACGCUCUACGCAUCGGCAUGUACAGCGUCAAAGAUGGGAGCCGCGUGCUGUUCGAUGUCUCGGGUGAACCUCUCAUCGAUGACAAGGGAGACUUUCUGGGAGGCGUAGUACUUUUUCACGACGUCACCGCAUAUGCUCAGACGAUAUCACGACAGCAAGAGCAGAACGAGCGCCAAUUCGAGAACAUCUGUAAUAUGGUCCCCAUCAUGAUUUGGCGCACUACGCCCGACGGCUCACACGACUACUUCAACGACCCGUGGUACUCCUAUACUGGCAUGUCCGUUGAGAUGAGUGAGGGCGAAGGGUGGAUGAACGCUUUCGAUGCUGAAGAUCUGAAAGUAGCCGUACCUAUCUGGCAGCAUUCCUUAGCUACUGGUGAUGAAUACCUCACUGAAUACAGAGCCAGGAAUGCAAAUGGACAAUGGCGAUGGAUGCUUGGAAGAGCAACGCCGAUGAAGGAUGAGAAGGGAAGAAUUCUAAAGUGGUUCGGAACUUGCACAGACAUUCACGAUCAGAUUUUGGCGCGUGAGGAGGCCAAGCAGACCAGAGCUCAACUAGCCAGAGUGAUAGAGCAUGCUAACAUCACGCUCUGGGCAGUCGACACGGAAUGCAAAAUAACCUUGUCUGAGGGACGGGCGAUGCAUACCGAUCCGAGCGACCAAAAUGGAUAUCAUCGCGACAAGACCAAAUACAUCGGAAAGAGCCUCUGGGAGAUCUUUAGGAUGCAGGGACGUUCGGGCGAAAUUGAGACCUUUGCCCGACCUAUCAGAGAUAUCUUGGCCGGCCGCACGAUUGAUGAAACGAUUGAGAGCCAGAUCACGACUAGCGGGCGUUGGUAUCGGACCAGGUUAUAUCCGCUUUGGCGCCAAGAGCGCAAGGGUGGCAUUGAGGGUGAUUCGUAUCUUGACGGCGUCGUUGGCGUCAGUAUGGACAUUACGGAGCUCAAGAAGGCAGCGGAAGAGGUCGCGGCCCGUGAUCGGGAGAAUUCUCGUCUUCUGGCGCAAUCCGUUGCCGCCAAAGAAGCAAGCAAAAUGAAGAGUCAGUUCUUGGCGAACAUGUCUCACGAGAUUCGAACGCCUAUUGCUGGUGUCAUCGGAAUGUCAGAGCUUUUGCUAGACGACGGCCCUGGAGACCUCACGCCCGAACAGCGCGAGUGUGCCGAGAACAUACAACGAAGCGCCAAUGGUUUACUGACUGUCAUCAAUGACAUUCUCGAUUUCUCCAAAGUUGAGAGCGGCCGCCUCGACAUCGAAGAGGUGCAAUUCGAUCUUUCGGUGGUCAUCCGAGAUGUCAACAAGAUGCUGAGUUUUGCUGCCGAGCGGAAGGGACUGAGGUACAUCGACGAUAUCCAGAGACUUAAGAAUUGGAGGGUCCUUGGUGAUCCUGGUCGCUUGAGACAGGUAAUGACGAAUCUUCUGACUAAUUCCAUCAAAUUCACAAGCGAAGGCAGCGUCACGAUGAGAGUCAAAGCGCAGAAAGAGACUGAGGAGAUGGUUGAAGUCCAUUUCACAGUCGAAGACACUGGUAUCGGCAUCGAGGAAGAGGUACGUAGGAAGCUGUUCAAACCAUUCUCGCAAGCAGACAGCUCCACAGCAAGACGCUUUGGAGGAACCGGACUUGGUCUCACCAUUUCCAAGAACCUGGUGGAGCUCAUGCGAGGCGGCAUUUCCUUGCAAUCAAAGCUUGGUGUUGGGACUGUCGCUACGUUCUGGAUACCUUUCCUUAAAGCGCCAUACCAGUCUAACGAGUCAGCCUUGGUUGACCUUGGAAACAUACCUGAUCGACUGCAAUCUGAACUAUCGGUGUCUCGGCCUGGGUCGGAUAAUGCUACCCAGCCCACCACUCCAACAACAUCAGCCGUUCGGCAUCGAAGUUAUCCCUCGAGCGGGUUGACACCUGUAAACUCCUGGCCAGAUGGAGCACUUCCUGAGCUUGAUCUCAGUGCGGACGAGCGAAAAGUCACAAACGUCCUUGUCGUGGAAGAUAAUGCGGUCAAUCAGCAGAUUGCGCUGAAAACAAUUCGAAAGCUCGGGUUUCCAGUUCGUGCCGUGUGGAAUGGUCAAGAGGCUCUAGACUAUCUAGCUACACCGUCGGAAGAGCAGCCACGACCCGAUAUCAUUCUGAUGGAUGUGCAAAUGCCGAUCAUGGAUGGCUACAAAGCCACGUACACGGUGCGCAACGGCAAACCUUUCGUCAAUAAUCCCGAAGUGCAGAGCAUACCGAUCGUAGCCAUGACAGCUUCGGCCAUCCAGGGCGAUCGUGAAAAGUGCCAGGAUGCCGGGAUGGACGACUACUUGUCGAAACCUGUCAAGAAACCCAACCUGGAAAGGAUGAUUGUCAAAUGGGCUAUUGAGGGCAAGAAA